AUGCGCGCCGCGGGAGGAAUUUUGCUGGCCAUCUCGAAUGUUCCAGAAGUGUGCAUGUGGGUAGAGACGUCUAAUACAAUCUACGGUCGAACGUCAAAUCCGUAUGACGCUCGCCGAAUGGCUGGUGGGAGUAGUGGAGGCGAAGGAGCGCUGCUUGGUGCCGCUGCCAGUGUGAUCGGAGUGGGAAGCGAUAUAGGAGGUUCCAUCCGUAUGCCAGCCUUUUUCAAUGGUGUUUUUGGCAUGAAAACCACUCCAGGAGUUAUUCCUCUGGAUGGCCAUAUCCCAGCAGCCACACAAUAUAAAGCUCAAAUGCUCCGAAUAGGACCUAUUUGUCGAUUUGCUGAAGAUAUUCCAUUGUUGGUCAAGGUGAUGGGUGGCGAUCGUGUUCCAUCUUUGAAUCUCGAUGAGCCUGUAUCAAUGCGAAAAUUACGUAUCUUUUACAUGGAAGGUCUCAGUGAUGUGCUGUUGACGCGCCCACUGAGCAAGGACAUGAGAGCAACUCUUCGAAAGGCUGUCAAUUAUUUUGAGCGCAAGUAUGAUCUUGUUGCUCAUCGCAUGGAUAUACCUUUGGCUCGUUCUGCUAUUGAAAUGUUCCUUGUCAGCAUGUACAUCAAGGGCGGCCCUAAACUGUCUGAAUACAUGUUGUGCUCUGAGGGUUCUAAAGGUCAAGUCAACCCAUACUGGGAGUUGUUGAAAUUACUCAUGGGUAAAUCAAAUCAUACUCUGCCGGGGAUUUUCGGAGCAAUAAUCGACAACACUGAUGCAUUGAGUGACGAACAGAAGAAAGAGGUAUGCUACAAGCGUGAUAGGCUAGUCCGCGAACUGAAGGAAUUACUAGGUUCAGAUGGCAUAUUUCUGUUUCCAAGCUGGCCGUGCACAGCUCUGUACCACCAUGAACCACUUUUUUGUCCACUAAACUUUGGAUAUACGGCUUUGUUCAACGCCAUCGCUUUCCCGGCCAUCGAAUGUCCGAUGGGUUUGGAUAAGAAUGGAUUGCCGCUUGGAGUACAGAUAGUCGCUGCACCAAAUUCGGAUCGAAUUCUCAUCGCAGCUGCUAAGGAUCUCGAGGAAGGCUUCGGCGGUUGGGUGCCGGCUGGACCACUCUAA